CGGAAGGCGCAGGCGUGCAGCUGCCUCGGCUGUCCUCUGCAUGACAGCCACGGUGACAAUGGUUUUUGAGGGCCUUUCCUCUCUGGCCUGCCUCAUCUCUGUCGCCUCUGCCGCCUUCGGCGACCUCAGCUAUGGCGUCCCAGCCUCACGGGGGCGAUUCAGUCUCUCAUUCAGCCACCACACCACCACUGAGGUCCCCGACAGCGAUGAGAGGGAGAGCACCUACGUCAGCACCGCAUUUUCGCUCUCUCCGGGUGACGUCCUCAACACCGAUCCCUUCGACGUCCCCGUCGAGAUGCCUUACAAUGAACCGAUGGCGAUAAGAGGCCUGUGGGGGGAGAUUGUGGACGACAGGAAUGUCAGCGUGCCACUCGACGAGGUAUGCUCAUCAAUGAAGGCGGUCUCCAUGGAUUUGUGUGUGUGUGAGUUAAAAGGUGUACGUGCAUCAUUGGUUUCUGUUCUACACGACGCCUGACGCCGGCAACGAGCUGGUGGGGAAGCUGGGCACAGGCGCAGAGACCAGAGGUCACUGACUGACUGACUGACGGACGGACGGAUGGAUGGAUGGACGUGAAGGCACAUUCGUGUGUGCUCCCAUGUCUGGCUGCAGGCACUCCGAUAGUAUCUCUCACCGCUCCCUAUGCCUUCACGACGACAGGCAAGGAGAAGUGGUGGCUCAACGUGCACCUGCUGAUGCUGCAAAACGUCACCAACGUGUCGGCGUGCAUUCAGGUAAGACACACAUGGCAUCAAUGGGACCCCUGCAGGCCUUUGCGUGCGACAUGUCGGGAUAUAUGUGUGUGUAUCUUUCAGUGCCUGUGCCCUCCCGAUGGCCGACAUGGGUCUUUCAACUGCUGCCCAGAUGGGGUGAGUCUCCUGUGCUCACGGGUGUGUGCACUCUCACCACUUGGCCUCUCUGUGUGCAUCCCACAGGCCCACUGGCACACGACAUUCGACCCCUUCGUGACCUCCGACGGCACAGAUGCCUUCGAUGACCCCCACCAGUGCGCCAACUGCAACAGCGACCCAGAUGACGUCUUCGGUCCGCCCAUCCAGAGCGGUUUUCUUGCCCGCCCCGCCCCCAAGUACUACCGAGUCAAGUACACGGUGCGGUAUGCCCAUGUCAGCCCCAUUGUGCGGCCGGUCCGCGCCAACAUGAUCAUCGAUGCCGUCGGCGGACGGCAUGAGUGGAAUGUCUUCCCUGCAGAGGGAUGCCUGAAGCCAUCAGCCAGCCAUCUUGCGGUUGCCAUCAAGGAACGGCGGCUGGGCGACAGUGGCCAUGAUGAUAUUGCCGAGAGGUGUGUCGACACCAAGACGGCCACUGUGGUGGUGGAUGAGGACUUCCAGCUCAUCGGCAUGCGCGCCCAUAUGCACAUCGGGGCCAUCGACGCGGUCCUUGCCGGCAUCAGCAGCAACAGCAGCGACACAGAUGACGGUAGUGGGAUCGAUUGGCGCUGCGACAUGCGGGCCAUCUACGGCCGCACGCCCCACACGGCUGGCGACCUCAGGGGCGACCUUCCUCUCUCCCUCCCUCCCUCCCUCACACCCCCAGUCACCGUUUCUCUCUCUCUAUCUCUCUCUCUCUGUGUGUGUGUGUGUGUCAUGACUACUUCAGGUCAGAGACGGCGAGCAGAGGAUGCAGAAGCAUCCUGAGGAGGACGCCGAGGAGAUCAAGGCUAAGCACAAGGAGAUCGAAGAGAUCUGCAACCCCAUCAUCUCGGCCGUCUACGGCGCCGCGGGCGGCGCGGGCGGCCCCACCGGCGAGGAGGACUACAAGGCACACGACGAACUCUAGACACAGACAGAGAGACAGACAGACAGACAGACGGAUGGAUCGACCGACGGACCUGGAUAGAUAGAUGGUAGCUUCCGUCCUCCCGUCGUAGCUCCUCCCUCCCUCCAUCCAUCCAUCCAUCGACCGAUCGCUAAGCCUGCAUGUGUGGGUCGACGUCAAAGCACUCACUCCAAUGCACACGCAAAUGCAGCACCGUCGACGUCGAAGUGCUCGCAGUGCAGUGCUGGACUUCUGCUUUCUUUUCGGAUGGAUGGAUGGAUGGAUGAGUGCUAUCGCUCUCUUUGUCCGUGUGUGUGUGUGUGUGUGUGCGGGCGUGUUGGUGGUUGCCU